UUAAAACCUUUGAGCAAAGUACACACACACACUUGAAGCAAAAGCAGCCUCUUAGCUGCAGCUAAGCCAGCUGGGGAGCCAAAGGAGCACAGCAUACACACAGCUGAGAGGCAGACCUCAGCAAAAUGAAUCGUCACGAUGAACUAGACAUGCAUGAAGGCAGACAUUUGGAUGACAUGUUACAACCAUCACAGUAUGUGAAGAAAAAAACACUCCAGAAAUACAAGAUAAUCUGUGCUUUUCUGCUAGUUGCUUUGGUGGUUGUGUCGCUGGGACUAGGUUUGGGACUUGGACUAAACCGUGGAGCCCAGGAGCAAGUCAGCUGCAGGCACAAAUGCAAUGAGCCCUAUCGGAAAGAGGUGGCAGGCUGUCAGUGUGACAGUGGGUGCAAAGAGCGUCAAGACUGCUGCUGGGAUUAUGAAGAUGCCUGUGUGGAGCCAACCCGAUCUUGGAGAUGCACUAAUUUCCGUUGUGGUGAGAAGAGGCUACCUGGAAGUUACUGUUCUUGUUCUGAUGACUGUUUGCAGAAUAAAGACUGCUGUGUAAAUUACAACAGCAUUUGCAAAGGUGAAAUACCUUGGGUAGAAGAACCAUGUACACCACUUGAAACUCCUCAGUGUCCAGCUGGGUUUGAUGUGCCACCACUUAUCCUUUUUUCAAUGGAUGGUUUUAGAGCAGAAUACUUGCAAACCUGGGGUUCGUUGCUGCCAAAUAUUGAAAAACUCAAAACAUGUGGCACACAUUCAAAAUACAUGAGAGCUGCUUACCCCACAAAAACUUUUCCAAACCACUAUACUAUUGUCACAGGAUUGUAUCCAGAAUCUCAUGGUAUUAUUGAUAACAGCAUGUAUGAUGUAGACUUGAACAGGCACUUCUCACUUUCAGGGACCGAAAAAUUCCAGCCUGAGUGGUGGAAGGGACAGCCGAUGUGGCUUACAGCAAUGUACCAAGGUUUGAAAGCAGGAACAUUCUUUUGGCCAGGCUCUGAUGUUCCCAUUAAUGGUACAUACCCGGACUUGUACAAAAUGUACAACAAUUCAGUUACAUAUGAAGAGAGAAUUUCAGGAAUACUGAAAUGGCUUGAUUAUAACAAAUCUGAAAGGCCUGAUUUCUACACUUUGUAUGUUGAAGAACCAGAUUCUUCUGGACAUUCAUUUGGACCAGUUAGUGCUGGCGUAAUCAAAGCCUUACAGCUAGCAGAUCAAACACUAGGAAUGCUAAUGGAGGGACUUAAACAGAGAAACCUGCACAAUUGUGUAAAUCUCAUUGUUUUAGCUGAUCAUGGGAUGGACAAGACCUACUGCAGCCAAUUAGAAUACAUGACUGAUUACUUCGAACAGGUUAAUUUCUACAUAUAUGCUGGGCCUGCAGCUCGCAUUCGAGCAAACAAGGUUCCUCAGGACUAUUAUACUUUUGACUCAGAAGGAAUUGUUAAAAACCUCACAUGCAAAAGAUCCCCUCAGCACUUCAAGCCUUAUCUGACACCUAACCUGCCAAAACGGUUCCAUUAUGCUAACAACAUUCGUAUUGACAAAGUUCAUCUUCUGGUGGAUCGACAGUGGCUGGCUGUAAGGGACAACAGUUACACGUUUUGUGACGUAGGUAACCAUGGCUAUGACAAUGAAUUUAAAAGUAUGGAGGCUAUAUUCCUAGGAUAUGGCCCAAGUUUUAAAGAAAAAACAGAAGUGGAUGCUUUUGAAAACAUCGAGGUUUACAACCUUAUGUGUGAUCUGCUACAUAUUACACCAGCACCAAACAACGGAACACAUGGCAGCUUAAACCACCUGUUAAAAAAACCUUUUUACAAUCCUUCACAUGCAAAAGAGGAGUCAUCUCCUUUAUCAUGUCCGGUUUCCAGUCUGGUUCCUGCAGAUAAUUUGGGAUGCACAUGCAAUAUCACAGAUCUUUCAGUAGUAAACAAGAGGUUAAAUCUCACCACAGAUGAAAUAAAGAAUGUAACCUCAUACCAUUUGCCAUAUGGGAGACCCAAAGUUCUUCAGAAGAACAACAUUUAUUGCCUCCUUCCCCAUUAUCAGUAUGUGAGUGGAUACAGCCAUGAUAUCUGGAUGCCACUGUGGACUGCAUACACUGUGAAUAAGCCUGAAAGCACAUCUUCUCUUCCUCCCACUGGUUCAGACUGUCUGCGGGCUGAUGUUAGAAUCCCUGUUGCUCAUAGCCAAAAUUGUUCCGACUACCCAGAAGGACUGAACUUGACAUAUGGUUUCCUCUACCCUCCCAACUUCAGUUCAUCCACUCUUGAACAGUAUGAUGCCCUACUCACCAGCAAUAUUGUUCCCAUGUAUGAAGCUUUCAGAGACAUAUGGGACUAUUUCCAUAAUGUGCUUCUUCAGAAGUAUGCCAGAGAAAGGAAUGGAGUAAAUGUUAUCAGUGGACCAGUAUUUGAUUACAAUUAUGAUGGCCAUUUUGACACUCCUGAUGAAAUUACACAGCAUGUAAACAACACACAAAUCCCUAUCCCAACCCAUUACUUUGUGGUUCUGACUAGCUGCAAGAACAUAUCCUAUACUCCCCUGAACUGUACAGGCUCUUUGGAUGUUCUGUCUUUUAUCAUUCCUCAUCAACCUGACAACACUGAAAGCUGUGCUGAAAAUAGGUUGCCUUCUGAAUGGGUUGAAGAAAGAGUUCAGGCUCAUUCGGCACGUGUUCGUGAUGUGGAGCUGCUAACUGGGCUUGACUUUUACCAGGAAAGACAGGAAUCCGUCUCUGAGAUCUUACAGCUAAAGACAUAUUUACCAACAUUUGAGACUGAAAUUAACUGACUUUGUGUUUAAAAAGUGGUAUUUGGAAGAAAGAAAAUCAAAGUGAUUUCCUUGCUAAAUAAUGCAGGAAAAAUUACUACAACUCCUCAUUAAGAAAAUACACAAUACACAACUACUUUUGUUUUCAGAUUCGUGUUCUUCAGUCAAGUGUUUUGUAUGAACUAAAUAAAAAUUAUCUUAAUGUACUUAAAUUGUCAUUGCUAAGCCAAUUUUCUAAAUUGAGAAUAUUUUAAUGCAAAUGGUUUGGGGAAAAACAAACAAACAAACAAAACCUGUAAAAGGAACAUGUUUCGUAGUAGAGAACCCAGAACUGUAAGCUGUAUAGAAACUUUCUACAAUGGAGCUGGAAAGUGAAACAUUUUGAAAGGACUGUGUGUGCUUUUCCCCUUGUGUUUAUCAGUGAGGUUAAGGUUAUCUAAUACUAGUAUGCCCUGGAAUGUCCUGAAUUCCUCUUUCUUAUCCAAUUCACACGGAAACUCCUAUGUACUUAAAAAAAAAAAAAAAAUCAGACUCACAUAGAAUCUGUAUAUAGUGGACUUGUCUGCUAUGACCAUCCAUUGUCUUUUCCACUUGAGUUAAUUCAUUAUACUAGUAACAACUGAAGUGAAAUUAGAGUCAAUGAGUAAUCUGUAUUCCGUACAGUUCAGAAACCUUAAUGUAUUCUGAACAAGAAGAGGUGAAAGAAACACUCUGGACAGAAGGAUUUUGUCAGGAUAUUUACCUGUAUUUGCAAUGAUUCAUGAAUCUGGCAACUCCAAAAUAUUUGUGUUUAUUUUUAAAUAGUUAAACCUGAGAUUAGAGGAUGAAAUUAGUGGUAACAUGCAAAAAAAUGGUCAGUGUUACUUUCCGUAGUGACUUUAUACACAAAAAAUCUCUCAAACUGCACUGUACAAAAAUUACUGCUGUGAGCAGGUCAGCAGGACAAGGCAGCGGAAAUUCCCCAAUUCUGCUAUUACAGAAAUGCUAUGUGUUAAUUGAGUGUUGAGCUGAUUUUCUCCAAUAAAAGUGCUAUUAAAUACAGGUAUGAA